AUGGACUGUCGGUUGGAUUUGAAAGAGAUUGCACUCCGAGCUCGAAACGCUGAGUACAACCCUAAGCGUUUCGCAGCUGUCAUCAUUCGGAUACGCGAGCCCAAGACCACGGCUCUAGUGUUCGCCUCUGGGAAAAUGGUGUGCACAGGCGCGAAGAGUGAAGAGCAAUCGCGGCUAGCUGCUCGCAAGUAUGCUCGUAUUAUUCAAAAGCUUGGAAACGACCAAGUAAAGUUUAAGGAUUUCAAGAUUCAAAAUAUUGUUGGUUCUUGCGACGUACGCUUUCCCAUUCGAUUAGAAGGACUUCAGAUUGCACAUCAACAGUUUUGCAGCUACGAGCCAGAGCUUUUCCCUGGCUUGAUAUACCGCAUGAAGCAGCCCAAGAUCGUGCUCCUCAUUUUCGUGUCAGGGAAGAUCGUUCUUACUGGUGCCAAGGUGCGAGAUGAGAUAUACCAGGCGUUCGAGAACAUCUAUCCAGUGCUCAACCUAUACAGGAAAAUACAAGCAGAGCCACUGCCACCUCCUGCCGAGUCAUGA